GACACGAAGACGACGACGCCUGGACGCCGCGUUUCGAAAGAACCGCAAUCUGACCGCAAGCAGAGAUCAUUAGCCGCAAGUUAUCAAGUUUAGUCAGAUAUACUUAGUUGGAUUCACGUAAACUCUUCUUUCAAGUAGAGUAAAACAAUUGCAAGACGCAAGCGAGGGUCGAAAUAGAUACAAGCAGAUUUUUCAUGUCUACUGGUGAUUAAUUAUCCUUAGAAAAAAUGAGCCGAAGGAGAGGUCACGAUGAUGAUGAUGGAUAUGAUCGUGUAUACAAGAAGCGUAGGAGGGUUUCCGAGAAUCAGGAGAUCGAGGAUCGCCUUGAGUCUCUUAUUUUGCGAGUCGGUGAAAAAUCAACUUCAUCUUUGGAGAGCAAUUUGGAGGGAUUGGCUUCUGUUUUGGAAGCCGAUCUCGGCUUGUUUCGGAACAAGAUCCUCCGCAUUUUGACUGAUUGUGCAAUCAAGAUGCCGGAGAAAUGCACAAUUUACACUACGCUAGUUGGAUUACUCAAUGCUAAAAACUUCAAUUUUGGUGGAGAGUUUGUCGAUUAUAUGGUAAAACACUUUAAAGAUGCACUUAAGGCAGGCAAAUGGGAUGUAGCCAGAUACUCGCUAAGAUUUUUAGCGGAUUUGGUCAAUUGUCAUGUCUUGUCAUGCGGUUCUUUGAUGCAGCUCUUUGAUAAUAUGCUUGAUGCGUCAAACGAAGAUAGCGUACCUCAAGUGAGACGAGAUUGGUAUGUUUAUGCUGUUUUGUCAACACUGCCAUGGGUUGGCAGAGAGCUUUACGAAAAGAAGGAGCAAGAACUUGACCAUCUUAUGGUGACAAUAGAAGUUUUCUUGAAUAAACGCAGUAAAAAGCAUCAGCCUGCUCUCAGAGUAUGGUCUAGUGACACGCCACAUCCACAAGAAGAGUAUUUGGAUUGCUUGUGGGCACAAGUACGCAAGUUAAGACAAGAUAAUUGGGCUGAAAAGCAUAUUCCAAGACCAUACUUGGCCUUUGAUUCCAUAUUGUGCGAGGCCUUACAACAUAAUUUACCUGUCCUUAUACCCCCUCCUCACCAUGAUUCGUAUGUUUACCCACUGCCAACAGUUGUUUUCAGAAUGUUUGAUUAUACAGAUUGUCCUGCAGAAGGACCACUGCUACCAGGAAGUCAUGCUAUAGAGAGAUAUUUAAUUGAAGAACAUCUCAGACAAAUUAUUGACACCUAUUACUUGGAGAGAAAAGACUGUGCUGCUCAACUACUGAACUUUCCCUACAAAACCAAAAUACCCUUGGAUUAUUGUAUAGUAGAAGUCAUGUUUGGAGAGUUAUUUAAGCUUCCAACACCCAAACAUCUGGAAGUAUGCUAUGGAUCUAUAUUGAUUGAGCUUUGUAAAUUGCAACCUUCUACUAUGCCUCAGGUAUUGGCGCAGGCAACAGAAAUAUUAUUUCGACGUAUAGACAGUAUGGCAGCUACUGCAUUUGAUCGAUUUGUUUGGUGGUUCUCUUACCAUUUAAGUAACUUCCAAUUUAGAUGGUCUUGGGAAGAUUGGGACUCGUGCUUAUUACGCGACGCCGAACAUCCACGUCCCAAGUUUAUUCGUGAAGUUUUACUCAAGUCAUUGAGAUUAUCAUACUAUCAGAGAAUCCGAGAUAUGAUGCCAGAAUCCUAUGCUGAGCUGUUACCUGCAGUACCUGAACCAAUUUACAAAUAUUCUUCCGAGGGUGCAAGUUCUUUACCUGGUACCACUGUGGCACAUGAACUCGUUGUAGCUAUAAGGCGUAAAUGUACUCCAGAAGAAGCAUUAAACGUUUUAAAUUCCUUGCCAGGACCAGGAGAAAAUGAAGAAAAUUACUCAUUCAAUCCUCUAAAAAUUGACGUAUUUGUACAAACUUUAUUGAAUUUAGGCUCGAAAAGCUUCAGUCAUAGCUUUGCAGCUAUUGGAAAGUUUCAUUAUGUCUUUAAAGUUCUUGCUGAAACUGAAGAAGCUCAGAUCUGUAUUUUGAGGAAUAUGUAUGCCCUCUGGAAGAACCACUACCAAAUGAUGGUUGUGUUAACAGAUAAAUUUUUGAAAACUGGCAUCAUAGAAUGUAGUGCUAUAGCCAAUUGGAUCUUCUCAAAAGAAAUGGCUUCUGAAUUCACCAAGCUUUACAUUUGGGAAAUAUUGCACUUGACCAUACGCAAGAAAAAUAAGCACGUAAUCAAAUUAAGCAAAGAACUGACUGAGGCGAGAGAGAAAUUGCGACGAGCUGAAAGUAGAUCCGGUUCUUCUUCAGAUGACGAUGACAAAGACAAAGGUGAAAGACCAUCUGAAGAUGCAGUAGAAAGAAUGGAGGAGAAAUUGGAAGCAGCUCAGGCUGAUCAAAAGAAUUUGUUUUUGAUUAUUUUCCAACGUUUUAUAAUGAUUCUUUCCGAACAUUUGGUAAAAUGCGAUACAGAUGGCAUUGACUACAACACACAUUGGUAUAAAUGGACGAUCGGAAGGCUUCAACAAGUUUUCCUUACACAUCACGAACAAGUACAGAAGUAUUCCUCGACAUUAGAAACAUUACUGUUCACGCCAGAUCUUGAUUCGCACAUUUUAGACGUUUUCCAUCAGUUUGUAUCCCUUCGUGCGUGAUUAUUUAAUCUUAAUUUCGUAUUCGACAUCAUCUUUAAUUUCAUGACUGAUCAUCAAACGUUGGUUAAGGACUUGCUUCUGACAUUCAAUUAAAAGCAUUGAAUAAGGAUUAUAUAUAGUAUAUUAGUACAAGAUUCGAACUAGGAAUUUUGAAAAAACUAAUUACGAAAUGUUUGGAAGAUUUUUGCUUUGGAUAGCAAAUUUUAAAACAUGAAGCAGAUUUUUAUUUGUAUUGUAUAUUAUCAAUCCACAUUCUUUAAUCCAAAAAGUAAAUGAUUUAUCGUUUAAAUAAAAUAGCUGUUGCGAAACCACUCAAGAACGGAAAGCGAAAUUUCUUGAAUUUGCGCGAUAUAUUCAAGUUUUCAUGUGCAUAUGUAUAUACUAUUUUCUGUAUAUCAUAUUUCUUUUGAUGACAAUUAAUAAAUACUCUUAAAAAGCCAAAAAA